UUAAAUUCUCGACUGCAGAAAAUCUGGGUUCAGCGGAGACUGCUGCGAAUCACAUUCAGUACUCUUUUUCUUUCUUUCUCUAUUAUUUUGUCGCAAACACCCUUGUUCCAAUUCCAAUUGAAAACCCUUGACAUUGUUGAGUUUGCCCAAAAUGCCAGACGUUCAGACCCUUGUCAAUGAUUUUGUGAACAAGCUUAAGAAACGUAAAAUUGAAGGUUCUCAGGCCACAGCAAAGCUCACAGCAGAGUUGCUCCGGUCUGUGAUAUCACAGCAGCGGGUGCCACACACAAACCAGGCCACAGCUCUGAUUCAUGCAGUAAGGGCUGUAGGGGAGCAGCUUAUUGCUGCCAAUCCUGUUGAGCUAGCCGUGGGAAAUAUUGUGAGGCGUGUUCUGCACAUUAUAAGGGAAGAGGAUCUUUCCCUUGCAACAGCUGCUAUGGCUGGUUUGGGGGUAUCAGCUGAAAGUGACGAUGAAGAUGAUGAGGUGCGAGACGAAAAUCCUGUUUUAUCUGCUGCUGCUGUAGCAGCCGCUGCUAGAAGUACACUACGUCCGCCGUCACUACAAACACUUCUAGAGGAUACAUCUGAUUCAGCUGCCGCUCCCCACACAUCUUCCUCCGGGGGUGAAUCGGACGGGAGAAGUAGAUCUAUUGAUAAAGGUUCAAGAGUUCGGAAGUUGAAGCAUGAUGUCAUUGAAGCAGUUAAUGAACUUAUUCAAGACAUAUCUACUUGCUAUGAACAAAUAGCUGAGCAGGCAGUGGAGCACAUUCACCACAAUGAGGUAAUUUUAACGCUAGGCAGCUCCAAAACAGUUUUGGAAUUUCUUUAUGCUGCGAAGGAAAAGCAAAGAUCAUUUAAGGUCUUUGUUGCUGAAGGUGCCCCAAGAUAUCAAGGACAUAUCCUUGCAAAAGAAUUGGCUUCCAGAGGCUUACAAACCACAGUAAUUUCUGAUUCUGCCGUUUUUGCAUUGAUUUCCCGAGUGAACAUGGUUAUAGUUGGAGCUCAUGCUGUCAUGGCUAAUGGUGGAGUUAUUGCCCCAGUUGGGUUAAAUAUGGUUGCACUUGCAGCUCAAAGGCAUGCUGUUCCAUUUGUGGUACUUGCUGGGAGUCACAAGUUGUGUCCUUUGUAUCCACACAAUCCUGAAGUCCUACUGAAUGAACUGAGAUCCCCAUCUGAGCUACUUGACUUUGGGGAAUUCUCAGAUUGCAUGGAUUCUGCAAGCGGUGCUGGGUCUCUUCAUGUUGUCAAUCCAACCUUUGAUUAUGUGCCGCCAAAAUUCGUUAGUCUAUUUAUUACUGACACGGGAGGGCACAACCCGUCAUAUAUGUACCGACUCAUAGCUGAUUACUAUUCAGCUGAUGAUUUGGUGGUGAAACGAAGACCUAUUACAGGGAGUUGAGUUCAGCUACCCCAAAUUUUGUCCUAUAAGUGUUGUAGGUGUUCUGUGAUGAACCAUGAGUUAGAGACAUGCUCACAUUUGUGCAGUUGAAAAUGAACCUCGUUUAAUUCUGAGAACUGAGUUGGAAAAAUUGUAUGCCAUGGAAAUGAUAUGGAAAAUGCCGAGUGAAAUUACGUUUUUGUGGUUGUUGACUUCGUCAAUAAAAAAAAACUUGUUUUAGUUUCCUGUAUAACAAUAGCCCCCCAUUUUUAUCUCUUGUACAUCUUUGUUUCCUCCUCAAGAAAUGAUAAUUCUAUUUUUGGCCUUA